UGGAAAACAUGACGUCAGAUCUCUUUAAACUUCGAGUGUACAUCACGUGACCUCGCGUACCUGGGCGGCCAUCGCGUGCAGGAAGCACCCACGCCACCUUUGAUGAUUACAACAUCUUGGUGAUUGGGCCAAGUUCUGGUUGCGCGCAACCGGACGGCGCCUUCUGUUCGCUUAAUUGUACUGGAUUGCAUCUGCUACCGAUGGAAAAGUCGCCUCAAAUAACGUAUAUCUUUUAACAGCACACGCAUCCGGCCGGAGUGUGUCAGUGUCGGGCGACUCAGGCCCACAGCGAGCGCACCGCGGUCCAAUGCAAUACUGCGCUUGUUUCGCUUCGGCUUCAGGAAAUGGCGGGCAGAAAGCGCAGCGCUCCAGUGGAAGCCAGCACGAGGACAACGCGCGCGAGCGCUAGAGCUGCGUCGCAAAAUGCCGCGGGCCGGCCCGGGACGCAGCGGAAACCUGCAGGCAGAAGCGCCGACCUCCCGGACGUCUACCGCGAGAUGCUGGUCGAGGCGAGGUCCGAGUUCACCUCGCGAGAUGCAACUGUUGCAGAAAGACCCUUCAAACGGAAGCGCCCCGGCGAAGGACGCCCUGUCCGAGCAGAGCAGCAGCAGAAGGAGGGUGUUGUUGCCAAAACCAGGGCGCCCGGCAACAGGAAGCCAAACCCCGAAGACAUCCUUGGCCCUGAUACUUCCAAUGACGAUAACAUCGACUUCGAGGGCGUUGUCCUGCCGACAGCCACAGUGCAGACCAUUGUAAGAGAAUCGGAAGAUGAGGACGACGACGGUGAGAUCGACUUCGAAGAUGUCGCCAUUGAGCCUGCCCGGUCGUCGGCUGCCGGGGCGGGCGAGGAGUCCAAACGACUGAACCUAGACCUCUCGGCGCACAUGGCGGCCAUGACCCAGCGCCGCGCUGACCGUCGCAGGGCCAUCAGUCGAGAGGAGAAAGAACGCCGUGUCGAGGUGCACAAAAUACAUCUUGUGUGUCUUCUUGCGCACGUUGAGCUCAGAAACCGGUGGUGUAACGACCCGCAUGUGCAGGAUGCCCUCCGACCACUGCUUCCUCCGAAAACAGUGGCGGCUCUGCUUCCCAGGGCGAGUCUCAACCAGUUUGGGCGCACAGAGUCGCUGAGAAAAGGCCUCCAGGAGGCAAAGGACCUGUUCAAGUUGAGGUUUGCCAUCACGGAGCGUGGCUUGCGGAGGGCCUUGUGGGCGGAGGAUGAAGAACAACUCAAAAGUUAUGAGCUUCCCGACGAUAUCGAGUCCACCCUGGAGAAGAGUGAUUUCCUCGAGGCCGCCCGGACGCUACAUGGUUCGCGCGAUGUCGGUGCCCAGUUAUUCUGUGCACUACUGCGAUCUGUAGGGGUCGAAGCCCGACUGGUCUGCUCGCUGCAGCCUCUGUCCUGCGUCGCUGGUGCCCCUCCGAUGCCGAAGCAACAAACACCCAAAAAGCAGCCCUCGAGAGCCGAAGUCUACGCAGCAGCAAUGGCAAGGCAGGAGAGCCAAUUUCCAGAGUUCCAGGCCGGCGCAACAACGCCUUCCCCCCGUCGACGGCUUGGUCACCCGCACGCAACCGCCUAUCACGUCCCGUCCAUGAGCGCAUCCCCUCAGCCACCCCCAGCACCGCCAGCCCAGACUCCGAGGAGAAUCCGUGGCGAGUCCCCCUUUCCCGUGUACUGGGUCGAAGUCCUCGAUGUAGCGCACCAGAAAUGGCAACCCGUCGACCCGCUCGUAACCCACACACAGUGGAAGCCGCGCGCCCUCGAGCCGCCAGCCUCGGACCCGCAGAACUGCAUGACCUACGUGUUCGCCUUCGAAGCCGACUCCAGCGCGCGCGACGUGACCCGGCGCUACACCAAGGCCUACAACUCCAAAACCCGCAAGCUGCGCAUUGACGGCGCCACCGCCACUCUCACGUCCUCCUCUACCUCUACCUCUACAACCUCCGAGAAGGAAAACGCCCGCUGGUACCGCCGCCUGCUCCGGCGGUACACGCGCCCGAUCCCCACCGACCUCGACCAGAUCGAGCUCAACGAGCUGGCGGCCGAGGAGGCACGCGAGCCGAUGCCGCGCAACGUGGCCGACUUCAAGGACCACCCCGUCUACGCGCUGGAGCGGCACCUGCGGCGCCACGAGGUGCUUGUUCCGGGAGCCGAGGCCAUCGGCACGGUCAGCGCUGGGGCCAGGGCCGGCGCCCCCAUGGAGCGCAUCUAUCGCCGCCGCGAUGUGCGCGUCGCCCGGACCAGAGAGCGAUGGUAUAGGCUUGGUAGGGUGGUGAAAGAUGGCGAGGAGGCUGUCAAGAGCCUGCCGAAGAGGAAGAGGCGGAAGGGGGCGCUGGACAGUGACGGUGACGGAGAGGAUAAUGCCUACGAUGAUAAUGAUGAUGAUCCGGACAGGGUGGGCUUGUUCGGGGAUGCCACGGCCGGGUAUUCGCCGCUGUAUAUGCUGGAGCAGACCGAGGCGUAUGUGGCGCCGCCGGUGGUGAACGGGCGGGUGCCCAAGAACAAGUUUGGGAACCUGGAUCUGUACGUGCCGAGUAUGGUGCCGCGGGGGGGUGUGCAUAUUGCGCAUGAGCGGGCGGCGCAGGCGGCGUUCAUACUGGGCGUGGACUAUGCGCCUGCACUGACUGGGUUUGAGUUUAAGGGCAGGCAUGGCACGGCGGUGUUGAACGGGGUGGUCGUGCCGCAGGAGGCUGGCGACGCGGUCUGGGCGGUGAUUCAGGGGCUGGUGGAUAUGGAAGCCGAAGAGGAACAGGAGAGAAGGACGAGGAGGGCGCUGAGGAUGUGGAGCCGGUUCUUGAAGGCGCUGCGGAUUCGGGAGAGGAUAUGGGCUGGCGUAGAUGAGGAGGCGGAGGCAGAGGUGGAGCGGGAGAGGGCAGAGACGGAGGACAAUAGCAAGGGCAAGGGGAAAGAGAAGCAGGCGGUGGAGGAAGAUGAUAUUGGCAUGGAAGACGCUGUGAGCGAGGACGGUAUGGGAGGAGGUGGGUUCUUCGUGCCAGAUGAAGAAGACGAGGAUGGUGGCGGCGGUGGUGGGUUCCUUGUUGAAUAGUUUUUACUAGUGUCCAUGAUGGGAAUGUGCCGAAAAGGGUAGUGUACAUAUCCAACCGCAUGGGGAGGGAGGGAGCUUUUGGAGCCGAGGCUAGACCUGGUGCAAGAUAUCCAAGAAACAGAUAAUGGUGUGUCAUGUGGCGGAGCAUAGCCAGUACCUACCGCAUCCGCUAUUCUUGGGUAGACAGAUACGAUUAAGACCUAGGUAGGUGGUGACACGUAUGAUCUAUCAG